AUGAAUACUUUUGCUAUUCAUUUUGUUACGAGUACGCUUGCUACUUUUGUGAUUGCCAAUGGGAUGUGGAUGUUUAAAAUUUUAAUUUUGAAGGUAUUGGACUGUCGUUUUCAUGACAAAAAUUUCUUCCAGAACAUGAAAAACCAGAUCUCUCAUGAGUACAUUCUUCAGACCCUACUGAGACCUACAAGAGAAUUUAACGAUUCUAGUAACAGUACCGUGGGUGCUCAAUUGAAAUGGAUCAAAGGAUCAUUUGCUAAUAUGUUGCUUCUUCUGUGCACAAGGUUACAUACUGUCUGUGAUGCACUAGACAGCUCUAAUUCUGUCAACGAGGAUCAAGUUGACAGCGUUAUUUCUAUGGUUUUUAAGAAUUUAACAAACAACGAGCACAGGGGUAUACGAGAAACUGACCUUUUAUGCAUCAUGAAGACCGAAGGUAUAACAGAUGUCCUAAAGUUGUUCGAAGGAGCUGCAGAAACAAAAAGCAUCAGUGCAGCUUCUUUAAGAAAGUGGAUGGUGAAACUUAGCAAUGAGCGCAAACUUUUGGUUCAUUUCUUACAUAAGACUAGCACUGUGAUAGAUGAGUUGAAUAAAGUUAUCUUGGUGAACUUAAUUUCCAUGGGAGCUCUUGCAUGGUACCUUCUGAUGGGGUUUGGAACAACCAGAUUUUUAGUCUACAUCUCAUCUGAUCAUCUAUUGCUGUUGGUAUAUAUAUUUGGAAAUUUCUGCAAAAUGAUUUGCGAAGGUAUUAUGCUUGCUAUUGUUAUGCAUCCGUUUGACAUUGGCGACCUUUGUAUAAUUGACAAUGAGCAGUUGGUCAUUGAAAAUAUAGGGCUUAUCAGUACAUAUUUCUUGAAGGAUAACAACUGGAAAGUGCAGUGUCUGAAUUCUGUAUUACUCACAAAGUUUAUCAGCAAUUUAAACCGGAGCUCUGAGUUAACUGAUAAUUUUGAGAUUCUUAUCAGUAGUACAACUUCCUCGGAAACUACUGCAGUUCUAAAGCUUAAGAUAGACGAAUUACUAAGGAGUAAUCCUGAAAGUUGGCUUGCUGAGCACUGUUUCAACAUUUUAGUCAUAGAUGACGUGAAAGCUAAAUAUAAUCUCGUUAUCACUCAUGCCAAAAAAUUUCAGAAUUACAAUGAGAAGAAAUGCCAAAGAUCUGAGUUUGUUCAAAAGCUGGGAACGGUUUUGGAAGAGCUUAAUAUUCAGAACUUUACCAUUCAGUAA